CAGUGAUGCAUUCUUCGUUAGUCAGAGACACAGGAAUUUAAAUUUAGCUACGCUCCAGGAUCGUUUUUUAUAAAUUCAAAAUACCAUUCCUUCAUUUAAAGUCUUCUCUCUCUCUCUCUCUGGCAAUUAAAACUCAAAUUUCUCGAGGACUGGAGAUUUAAACCCUUAAAAGAAUGUCGAACACUAAUCAGAAUCGGCGGCCUUCCUUUACCUCGUCAGUGAAACCAAUCUCUAACACGGCGGUUAUGGCCAAGAAACGAGCCCCACUGGGUAACAUCACUAAUCAAAAGAAGGAGUCACAAAUCCCAAAUUCAUCUGUUGAUUUUGCGCAUUGUUCGAACAAAUCUGCGAAAUUGAAGCAGGCACCAACACAACCUGUUUGCGUUAAUGCUACUUCUUUGCUCUGUGAGCAAACCCAAGCGUCUUCUUCUAGCAAAUCCGAUGAUGAAUCUAUGUCAAUCGACGAGACAAAGUCUACAUGUGAUUCCUAUAAGAGCCCUGGAGUCGAGUAUAUCGACAGUGAAGAUGUUUCCAUCGAGAGGAAGGCAUUUAGCAAUCUAUACAUAACCCCGAGUUCAGAGACAACUAACGUUAACUAUUGCAGAAGAUAUGUAUUGUCUGAAAUGGAGAAUAAGGAUAAGUUUAUCAACAUCGACAAUAACGAUGCGGAUCCGCAGCUCUGUCCACCGUUUGCUUGUGAUAUUUACAAUCAUCUUCGUGCCGCCGAGGCAAAGAAGCGGCCUGCGGUUGACUACAUGGAGACAGUUCAAAAGGAUGUAAACUCUAGUAUGCGUGGAAUCCUAGUUGAUUGGCUUGUUGAGGUAUCAGAAGAGUAUAGGCUUGUACCUGAGACGUUGUAUCUGACAGUGAACUACAUUGAUAGAUAUCUAUCUGGCAAUGUGAUUAGUAGACACAAGCUUCAGUUGCUCGGUGUGGCAUGUAUGAUGGUAGCAGCAAAAUAUGAAGAGAUAUGUGCACCACAAGUCGAGGAGUUCUGCUAUAUCACCGAUAAUACAUAUCUCAAGGAUGAGGUUUGUCUUUUAACAGGAUUUUGAUUAAUGAG